AUGGAUGGACCCAUAGCUAAUUCCACCAAUAAGAAAACUGCUAUUAAAAACAAUAGCAAUAUUAACAUCACAUCUUUGACUUUUAAAGAAAAUACUCUCAAUAGUAACAGCAAUGCUCACACAACUCGACCUAGUUCCUCAAAUAUAGAAAAUAAUAUUUUAACCGGCUCAUACACUCAACAAUCAUUUUUAAAAUUAUCUGGUAUUGGAAAACAAUCUGAGUCUUCCACUAACCUACCUUCUCACUCUCAUCAAAUACCACCAUCAUCCUCCGUUCCUCCUAAUAAUUUUCUGAAACUCACUCCACUCACCCCCUUCCAAAGACAAUUACAUGAUACUGGAAGUAAGAGUAACAAUAUUAGCCCGUUUCAUUCUAGAACUUCUUUUUCCCAAAUAAAACUAGACAAAUUAGUCGGUGAUACACCAAUAGACUAUAUCGAUGAUUAUGGGUUGGAAGAAUUAAGAAAUGGGUUUUUUGACCCAAUUUUUUCAAAACACUUAAAGUUGCCCAGGAGAUCUCACAGUUACACUAGCAAUAAUGAACUUAACGGCAAUAAGAAAAAUUCGGGUUUGUUUGGCUAUUUUGGAUUUUGGAACAACUCCAUUUUAAAUUUUUUCCAAAUCGAGUAUAGAAAUUUUUUAAAUCAUUAUAGAUGUAUUAUAAAGUAUUUCAUGGCUUUUUUCAUAGCCAUGGUUUUGUGUGUUAUUCCCAAAUGUGGCAAAUGGAUUGGUGGAUCUUAUAGAUUUUUCCUUGUUUUCUCCGUUUUGGUUCAUCAUCCAGCAAGAACCAUUGGUAUUCAACUAGAAAUGACCUUAUGGUCUAUACUGGGUUCUGUUUUAGGAUUAGGGUGGGGUAGUUUAGCUUGGUUUGUUUCCACUUGUUCAAAAACCAUCGUUGAUCACCAGGGUGGUGUUUUAUUUACUAGUUUAUUUUUGGGGGUUACAGUGGCCACUUUUUUCAGAACAAAAUACCCAAGGCUAUUAUAUAUUACUAUCUCAUUUACCAUCGUUUUAAUUUUCACCUCUUGUUCUCAUAUUUUGAAUUUCCAUGGUCAUGCUCUUGAAGAACAAGCAGCAAUGAUUCCAAACUCCAAAGGUUAUUACUAUCACUAUAUGCCUUGGAAAAAUAUGUGGGAUUUUGGUAUUGCAUAUCUUUUUGGUAUGAUAUUAUGCCUACUAAUUUCCAUCUGUAUUUUGCCUGAAUUAGGUGGGGCCCCAUUAAUCGAUGCCUUUAACCAAACUUUCCAGGAUCUUGAUAAUUUUUUGACAGCUAUCAUUGACCCUAACUGCUGCAAUGAUUUGGACACUUUGGAAAAUUUGAAAAGGAAAGUUAUUGACUGCAUGAAUAUAACAUUAACUGAAAGUUUUAGAGAGUUUUCCAAUCAAUUAAAAUUCAAUAGAUUUAGGGAAGAUUAUUUAAGAAAAUUGAGAAAUGGGUUGACCAAUUGCAUUUCGCCCUUAAGAUGCAUACCUCUAGACAAUUCUCUGAUUUUUAACACAAUCGACCUAAAAGAAUUAAAAAAGACAGUUUCAUCUCAAGAAAAAUUUCAAGAAUUAGAAAAAAAUGGUAGAAACAACAAUGAAAAUAAUAAUAAUAUUAAUUCUGACAACACUACUUUUACAAGCGAUGAUGACCAGAGUAUUAUUUCUACAUCAGGCAAUCCCACUCCUUUGCCUAAAUUUAAUUCAAGUAUGGCACCUACUCCGUCGGAUGUAUAUAUUUCCGUGUUAAAAAAGCAUUUCCAAAAGCCUAUUUUCCGAUUAAUUACCGCCAUGAGUAAAAGUUUGGAAUUAAAUAAAACUCUUUUACUUAACAAAAAACAAAAAAAUAAAAAACAGGAAUGUAUCUGUUUAACUAAUGAUAUCAAACGGGCAAUUUACAAUAUUGAUUCUGCCUACAGAGAAUAUACCAAAACUGAUUUUUUUUGUAGAGAACUUUUAUCCGAUACAAAUAGUAUAAAAAUAUUUCUAUUUUUGAGGUAUUUACGUCAAUCCGCUAAAUAUUUAGUAAUUACAAAUGAGACAUUGGAGGACCUAUUAGAGUCUGAAUGUUUUACAAGAAUAUUAUUGCCAAAAUAUCCGUUAAAAAGAGCUUUGAAUAGAUUGCCUAAAAGAUGUUUUGUUGAUCAGGGGGCAGGCAAUGUUUUAGAUUAUUAUCAAACAAAACAAGAUGUGGAUGAUGCUUUCGAACAGAUUUAUAACAUUUAUACAUCAAAACACAAAGUGUGGGAAGAUACGAAGGGGGAAGAUACGAAGGGGGAAACCACAAAGGGGGGAAAUAACAAGUUAGUUUAUGACAAACAUACAAGAGCUAUAGAUCAUACCGACUUUAAUUUCCAUACGACUACUAAUCGGUUUAGAUACAAGCUUUGGGGAUUAACUUGUGUUUUAUUUGGUGUGGAAAUGAAAUGGGCCUUAAAGAUUUCCACAAUUGUGACUUUUAUUUGCAUUCCAGGAUGGUUACUUCAAUCUUAUAGAUGGUAUCAAUCUUUCCAAUGUUGGACUGGUGCCAUACUUUUUUGUAUUCUUGCCGAUGAUAGAAAUUCGGGCACCUGGCCAAGUUUGUUUAGAAGAUCGAUGUGUUGCUUGAUCGGGAUAUUUUGGGGAUGGUGUGCUAACCAAGCCAGACAUUUUAGCAGUCCAUAUGUUAUUGUUACAUUUGGUUCUAUUUUAUGUGUUGUAUAUGCUCACAAUUUUUUUGUUUAUGGGAAUACAAAAUCAAGCUUUACCGCAUUGUUUGCCUUUACCGUCAUAUCUUUGGAACCCAUUAGUAGUAAUACUUUCAAACCAGAUACCGCAUAUAUUUGGAAAUGUACUUGGGUCACUGGACUAUCUUUAUUUUUAUGUUGUAUUUUAUCAAUUCCGGUUACAUGGAUGUUGGGGUCUUUUUCAGCCAGAACAGAAUUGAGGUUAGCUGUUUCUUCAUUAUUAUCACACGUUAGCCAAUCAUAUCAAUCAGUCACUGACAGGUAUUUAUAUCGUGAUAUUGACGAUGAACCAACCGAAUUAACUUUGAGACUUUCAAAUAUCCGGGAAAUCAGGUUAUCACAAAGUAUUAUGGCUAUCAAAGACUUACUGACAAAGGCUGAUAUCGAGCCUUAUUAUUUACACAAAUUCAAUGGUGAAACUUAUAAAGAAAUCAUUCAAACCUGCGAAUUUUUAACUGAAAAAAUAAUCCAAGCCAGGUUAUCGGGGAAAUAUUUCCGUAUUUGGGAAUUGGAUUCUGAUGCACAUAGUACUAGAGCUUUAUUGUCCUUGCGUAGGGAUAGUGUGUCAUCGGUUAUUUUUGUGUUUUACAUGUUAUCUAAUUGUUUCAGAUCAAAGAAUAAGCUCCCUCCAUUUUUACCUGACCCUAUCUUGGCAAGAAAAAAGUUGUAUGACUUUUUGUCCAAGUUUGAACAGCUGCACCAAAUGACUAAUGAUGAUAACAAGAAAAGUAUAAGUCGAACUAGUGAAAAUAAUGCAGAUCUAGAUGAUUAUGAAAAGUCGCAUUGGCGUGAAGUUCAUAGUUUAGCAUUUGCUAGCGCAUUCACUGAUAUUACUGUUGGUUUACAAAAACUAAUUCACUUAUCUAAAGAACUUUUAGGAGAAGAGAAAACAUGGUGA